CAGUCUUACACACAUCAAACAGUACAACAAAAAGGACAAAGAAUUGCAGCUGUUUAUGUUUAGUGUCACAGAAAACUACAUUUCCCUACUCUCCACCUCUUCACAUUCCAUUUCCAUUCUUUUACUUCCUCUUCCUUUCUUGGAAUAUAUUUUCCAUUUUACCCCUACACUCUUCACGAGCGUCGGUAAAUUUUGUUAUUGUUUUCAGUCCCCUUUUUGUUUUUCAAAUAUUCAUAUUCAUGGUUGAAGAAUUCAAGAAGCCCCAGUUCAGUUAGAGUGCACCAAAAAGCUUGGAAAAUAGAGUUUGUAAUGGAUAAGGUGUGCUUUGACAAUGUGAAGAUGAAUAUGGAAGUGAUGUUUUGCUUGUUUUUGCUUUUUAUGGUGUCUGUUGUAGAAGCCAAACAGGGCAUGUCUCUUUCUGCACAAAAACUUGAGGUUCAAAAGCAUUUGAAUCGUUUAAACAAAACUCCAAUCAAGUCCAUCAAGAGCCCAGAUGGUGAUAUUAUUGAUUGUGUUAAUAUGUCUCACCAACCAGCUUUUGAUCAUCCUUUACUCAAGAAUCACACUUUACAGAUGAUGCCAAAUUAUCAUCCAGAAGGCCUAUUUCGUAAUGGAAAAAUGUCUAAAGCAAAUACCAAGAAUGAAGGGUCAAAUUCAAUUACACAACUAUGGCAUUUGAAUGGGAAAUGUCCAGAAGGAACAAUUCCAAUUAGAAGAACCAAAAAAGAUGACAUUUUAAGAGCAAGUAACAUGAAAAGCUAUGGAAGGAAGAAUAAACAUUCUACCAUUGCUAAACCACAAUCUGGUAGACCUGGCCUUGUUAGCCAAACUGGUCAUCAGCAUGCAAUAGCUUAUGUUGAAGGAGACAAGUAUUAUGGUGCAAAAGCAACCAUAAAUGUUUGGGAACCUAAAAUUCAGCAACCCAAUGAGUUUAGCUUAUCUCAGAUUUGGCUUCUUGGUGGUUCUUUUGAUUCAGAUCUUAAUAGUAUUGAAGCUGGCUGGCAGGUUAGUCCUGAUUUGUAUGGAGAUAACAACACAAGACUUUUCACCUACUGGACUAGUGAUGCUUAUCAAGCCACGGGCUGCUACAACCUGCUAUGCUCAGGCUUUAUUCAAAUCAAUAAUGAAAUAGCAAUGGGGGCCACCAUUAACCCUCUUUCCAGCUAUCAUGGUUCACAAUAUGAUAUAAGCAUUCUUGUCUGGAAGGACCCAAAAGAGGGAAACUGGUGGAUGCAAUUUGGGAAUGACUAUGUACUGGGAUACUGGCCAGGCUUUUUGUUUUCUUACUUAACAGACCAUGCUACAAUGGUUGAAUGGGGUGGGGAGGUGGUGAAUUCAGAAUCUGAUGGACUUCACACCACAACUCAAAUGGGGAGUGGCCAUUUCCCUGAUGAAGGAUUUGGGAAAUCUAGCUAUUUCAGGAAUGUACAGGUAGUUGAUGAUUCAAAUAACUUGAGAGCUCCUCAAGACCUUGAGAUUUAUACUGAGGAUAACAGUUGCUAUGAUGUUCAACUAGGGAAGAAUAAUGACUGGGGGAGCUACUUUUACUAUGGUGGACCUGGUAGAAAUCCUAAUUGUCCAUGACCAAGAUCCUUAAGUGUUUUUAAUCUUUUCUAUUGGUCUUUUAAUGUAGUAAAACUUGUAAUCUUGACAUGACUUCUUGUAUGGUCAUUGUUUUACUCUUUGUAAAACUUUUGUUUUAGGGGCUAGGUUAGUUGCAGCAGAAUGUGAAUCAUCGUUGAUCUUUAAUUGUAUGAAAAGUUUUUCCCCUUUCUUUUAAAUAGAAGGUCUCCACAUGAAAAUGUCGUUGGGGACACAAAGGAAUAAUCCCCUGUUACAUUUGUAAUUGUUUGUUUGCUCCUGUCUUAGGAGCCAUAUGUUUGUUAAUGGAGGAGAUUCAUAUGGUGUGUUUUUCCCUUUUCAA